AUGUAUCCUCGCUCUAUCAUAACUGCGGGCAACAUCUGCCUGAGAUGCCAAUGGCGCAUCCUCAAUGCACCCUCCGCCACCAACGGCCGAAAUGCUGCUCCCAAAAGCCUUUCCUCACUUAGAGUCGCGCGACUGUCUGCAAGAAAUUUCCACACGACAGCGGUUCGCUUUCAAGUGACCUCACCCACCUCCACAUCCUCGCCAACCUUCGAUCCAACCUUCGCAACUCUUCCACCAGACCCACCUUUCAGGGAGCAGCUGGAGCAAUGGGAUCGUCGGUGGGGGGGUCCUUCUCCCGAGAUCGUAUCUGCUUUCGAGAGAUUCACGAUUUCUGAUGACAUCCAGAAUGAAUUCACACAACUCUCGUCCGGGAUCAAGUCAGAUCAGCACGCCGAAAGAAACCAUUGGGAGGAGACGGGAGAGACCGAAGAGGACGAACUCAUCACAAUCGGACUGUUCCUCAAACCCGGUGAUGUCGUAGAGCUGUCACAACCUGGUCGGGAGCCUGUCCUUGCCGUCUUUGUGCAACAACUGGACGAUGUCAGCCAGUUCUUCUCUGUCAACGGGAGAUGGAGUCAUUCCGUUUUAGCCAAAGUGGCCUUCGCCAUCACAAAAUGCAUAGACCCCACCCUGCUACAGCCCCUUCUUCCUUAUCUUCCUACAGCGCCAGGACAAGCAGAUUCCAAAGGCGAGAUGCAGGUUCCCGUCGACAUCGCUGCCCCGGUGCAGGCCAAAUUGGAGCGCUUGACUGAAGAAGCAGAGGCAAUAUAUCGCACCAACGCAGCAAAACUGGAUACUGCAUAUAAUGUACUUGCCGAUCCUGUCCGCACGAGGAUGAUGACACUCAGUCAGAUUGCUAAGCGAUUACUAUCACCGGAUGAUGCUACCUGGAGACCGUCUGCUGCAGCAUUGCUGGCUGUCCGUAAAGCUUUGAAUCAUAACGAGUUCCGCUUUCGGUCUGACGCCCGAAGUCACCGCCUGACGAAUAUAUUCUCGAUCCGUCCCAGGAAUGAUGUUAAAAAUGUCGAGACGGUACAUGAAUGGAUCCGCGAGUAUCGUGAGUAUCUCGCUACUCAUGCAAACAAAACGUCUUCUUCUUUGCCAGCGCCCCGGCAAGGCACGGGCGCCGGUAAUAUAGCAGCAUUCCUCACCAAGGCGCGGAGACUCAUUGCCACAAGUCGUAAAAAUCGCGACCCAAUCCUCGGCGGCCUUGGACCUAGCAAAUCGUGCAUGUCCAUAAGCGACUCUUCAAGCAAGAUUGGGCUUACUUGGAGUGAAUCAUUUACCGAUGCAGAUCAGCAAAUCAUAAACUUCCUCCAAGCAUGGGUGCUAACAGGACAGUUCAUGGGCAUGACUAGCCUGCAUGCAGCCUGUGCGAGCUUAGUCCAAGCAACAAAUUGUUACGGGCUAGAUGCCCUGAAGAACAUUGGUUCUCGACAGCAGAGCGCUGGUGAGAUCAAUCGUGGUACAGGCCUGACUUUCCUGCAAGAGAUCGGUGUCUUAUCACCUUACGAAAAUCGCGCUCUCUACGAUGAGCUGCUCAUGCUGCCCACUGUCCGCCUCUCUCGCAACUUGGAGUUGCUCACCACAAAAGCAGAACUACUACGAAGAAGCCCAGAUUUCCGGGAUUCCAUGGCUGGCUUGCGCCGUGAUUGGGGUUCUGCUACAGUCUACUGUAUUGACGAUGUGGGUGCGCACGAGAUUGACGACGGUGUCUCUAUUGAGCGAAUCGAGGGCAAACCCGCUGAAUACUGGAUUCACGUUCAUGUGGCAAACCCAACCGCUUUCUUUGACAAGACCCAUACAUUGUCUGGUCUCGCUGCGCAUAUGACAGAAUCUGUCUACACACCUGAGCGAUUUUACCCGAUGAUCCCAUCAUGGGCUACACAGAAUUAUUUCAGUCUCGACCGGGAUCGGCCGGUCAUUACCUUCAGUUCACGCAUCAAUAGCAGUGGCGCCGUAACAGAAACUAAGAUUCAACAUGGAUUCAUCAGAAACAUCGUCACCAUCACCCCCUCAGAGGUAGCUGCAUUGCUUGGUGAGCAAACCAUUGAUGAAACAAAUCGACUCGUAGUCGGGGGCAUGCUGCCUGAUCAAGCAGCUCAGAGAGACGUACCACAGCUUUCUCCAGACCAAUUGCAGGACUUGAAAGACCUCUACACGGCAGCAAAGGCCCGAUGGGAAAUAAGAAAGGCCGCCGGUGCCAUACGCUUUGGCUCUGUUUCACCCAGUGUUCGUCUCCGCGAGAACAAGGUGGAUAGUGGAUUGACUUGGAAUUCACCAUCCAUGGAGAGAGCCCGUAUCAUCACAGGCGACCCUAUCAUCGAGCUCACCAGUGUCCAGCCUCGAGGGUUCUUACAAACGGACAUUGACGCUAAGGACAUUGUCGAAGAAAUGAUGUUACUUGCGUGCCACACAGCGGCAAUGUGGUGCGCGGAGCGUAACAUUCCCGUCAUGUACAGAGGUACAAUCAAGAUAUCCACGAACAAUGGCCAGAACCCAGAACAAAUCAAACAGAUUGUUUCGGAACAUCUUGAACAGGGUCGCGAAGUCCCACUCGACUUAGCAAUGCAAUACACAAGAUCUCUGGGUAGAGCCAUUGCGCAUACCGCACCGUUGCCCCAUAAGGCUAUCGGAGUACCGAGUUACGUCAAAGUAACUAGUCCGCUCCGUCGAUUCACCGAUAUGAUAACCCACUGGCAAAUUGAGGCUGCUAUACGACAUGAGGCUCGCACCGGGAGAAAGUUUAACAACUUGGAGCAUCCUCCAACGCUUCCACUGUCUCAGCGUCAAAUGCAGGAAUCCAUCAUUACGCUUUCACCCAGGGAGCGUAUCAUAGCUACCACUAAACGCCAGUCGUUGAGCUACUGGUCCAGUGUUGCCUUCAUGCGCGCAUUUAACUACGGCGAGGGUGAGCUUCCCGAGAGCUUCAAGUUCUGGGUGCGCGAUGUCCCCAAUGCUGCAACAGUGAAUUCCCAAGAUGGAGCUGUUGGUCAACUUGCAGAAUACGGGCUCAAAGCCUUUAUGCUCCAUGGAACAGAUGUCCAGGUCGGUGACGAAUGGGAGGUAGACUUGGAUAGCGUGGAUGUCUUCUCCCGGCAAAUCUUUGUCACGCCUAUUCGUCUUCUCACCAGGUUGGAUGCGUCGCCUUGA